GCCAUUCUUAAAAAGUCUUUCCUAUUGUGUACUUUUUUUUUUUUAUAGAGACUAUUUUUAUUACUUAUUAUUGAGUUCUCAAUUUAGAUCUAGACUAUAAUCUAGAUUUAUAUAACAUUAAAUACACUAUAGACCACAGUCUACUUAAAAAUUAAUGAUUGGAAUUGGAGCCUAGCCAAAAUGCCAGAACAAGAACUAAACCCAGCAGCUACUAAGUUUAUUUCAUCUUUAGUGAGAUCUCUUCAGAUUCUCUGCAAUGGUCAAGUGGAAUUCAAUGAAAGUAUUGAACUGGUUGGACAUAUCAAUGUAAAAAUAGAUCACAUUUACAAAUUUGAUUACAUAGUAGAUGAACAGGUCUCUAAAGAAGGAGAGGAUUCAUCCACAACAUUCCUUAGUAAUAGUUAUCAUUCCUGCCGUCCCACCAAACAGACACAUAAAAAAGCUAAUCCUGCAGAACUUGAACAAGAUGUAAUAUUUUCAGAAAUUCCUACUGAUAGUCAGAGGCGCCUGAAACAAAUGAAAAAUAUGCAUGAGCUAGAAAAACAACCUGAGUCUACAGAAUUACAAAGAGAAAAUAGCCAUCAGAAUUAUUCAGUGUCAGUAGACAAACAUUGUAAUGAACCUAAUCAGAUGGUAGUUAAAUUGGAAGGAGGAGAAGACUCCAAUGAUUGCAUGGUGCUUCCUGCUUCUCCAGUUGAUUAUGAAGGUGAAGCAAACAGAACCGAGUCAUAUUCAGUUCCUGGUCCUAGUAGUUCAUUUGAUGAAUCCAAUGGAAAUCAAGCCAUACUUACCAGGAAAAGAAGAAAAGCUGUUAAUCAGAAUAUGGUUGCUGAAUCUAACAAUUUAUACAUGUCAGUUGAAAAAAUUCAAAAUUCCUCUAGCAACUCAAGAAAAGAAAUGUCCACUAAUGACAAUAUUGAAGCUCAAAAUAAGACUCAAGUUACAAUAAGUUUGCACCCCUCCUUCAUAUCACAAAGUACACCAUGUGAAGGACUGAGCAGUGAAAAUCUAAUGGAGAAGGAUUUGUCAUAUAGCCUGCCUUCACAAUCUACACCUAACAAAAGUGUUACUAAAAAUGAAAUCCCCAUAGAUAAUAAUGUAUCUGAACCAAAUGUUCCGUUGACUUCUUCAAAUUGUUCACAUCCAGUUCAUGAUCUGAAACAAUUGGUCAUCAAAUUGGCCGCCCUGUGUGACCUCCCUUCAAUUCAAGAUGAGUUCAUGCCUUGUCCCUCUAGGUAUAUAAUGGGUCCCACUGAAGAUGAUAUUCGUCAAGCUAAAAAAAAGUUUCUGGAAGUUGUUGAUAAAGAGAAACUCAAAAAAAUUAAAGAAGUUUUAAAAAUGAAAAAAAGCAAGCAAAAGAAACAGCGCCUAAAGGCUCUAUUAAUUGAAUCUGGUUUUUCUAAUGAGCAAUUGCUUUUGUUAGCUCAGGAUGCCAAUAUCAAAAAGAAAAGAAUUAGUUGGAAAUCUGUACCAGAUGGGCAGCAAGGUAAAGAGCUAUUGUUAAAAGAACAUAGGAAAGCUCUCAGAGUCAAAACUCAAGAGCGCCAUCAGAAGUUACUGGAAAUGGCCGAGAUGUUAAAGAGAAAUCAAGUGAAUGAUCCAGGUAUUACUGUUGUGUCUAAAAAUGGAGGCAAGAAGUGCAUUCUGCACAAAUCUUUUGUCUCAGUAGUAUCACACAACACACAGCAAUUGUCUCUUGAAAACAUUGAUGAAGUGGCAGAAACUCUAUCUGGGAAGUCAAGAAAGGCAACUCUAGUUCAACAAUCUUGCCAGGACAAGUCGAAAGAGCAAAUGAAAGUUGAAUACACUAGACGAGUUUGUGUCAAGAAGAAAAUGAAACAAAUAGUUGCAAAGAUGUUAGCUGAAAUAAGUGAUGCUGGCUAUCGUGUUGUUGUUACAAGUACUAUUGGUUCCGAAGUUGGUUCACACAGUGCAGAGUUGACUGUUAUUCCAUUGAAAGUAGAUGAUUUUUGGCCAGAAACAAAGCAGAGUGAUGUCAAACCUGAGUUGACAGAAGAUGAGUAUGCUAAGCAACUAGAGAGAGAGCAAAUUCUAGAGAAACAAAAAGCCAAUGAAGAAAAAAUGAAGGAAAUGGAGAUUAAAUUGGUGCGAAUAUUAACAGGGGCUGAGGAAAUGUUUGUACCUGCCAGAAAGCGUUACAAUCCUGGUGAGGCUCGCCCAACUGAUGCUGAACGUAUGAAAGAAUAUCGUAAGAAAUUAAAACAGGAUCCUGAAAAAUAUCAGGUGUACAGACAAAAAAGGGUAAUGAACAAAAGAAGACGCAGGCUGGGAGAAUAUGCUGCCAAAGUAAGAGUGACUAAUGCUGGAUCUGCUGUUUCUGUGAUCCCAACUGCUCCUGUGACUGAAGAAGCCCAUGGCUCCCAAACCAUUGGUGGCUUAGUCAGUAUUACCCAACCUGUUGGAGGUGUCAGUAUGCAUUGUUCACAAGUGUAUGAUCACCCUAGCAGCCAUCAACCAACUGCCUCUGUGGUUAAUGUGCAUCAUGGUACACAGUAUGUCGGACAAGUUGCAGGAAUGCAUCCUUCACAUCACCAGCAGCAGUCUAUUACCUACGGAAAUGAAAUGGAUAUAGUUGAACUUAUUGCAGCCACUCAUAAUGUGCAGAACCAGCAUUUUGGAUGAAUAAAUCCUCUUUUUUUUUCAAAGCAUUUCUUUUAAAAUCAAAUUUAACAUCUAUUUUUAAAGGAAAAGCUAUAGAGCCAAUUCAGAAAAAAACUAUUUUUUUAAUAAGAUAAUGCCAGUAGUUCGUUAAGUUUCAAAAGUAUAUGUAGAUUGACUUUCUUAAAUAGGUUUUCAAGAUCUAAAAAAAGUUCUUCUAGCCUAAUCUUUUUUUUUUUUUUUUGUAAAUAAGAAAAAUAGUUUUUAUGUGUUUAUUUGAAUAAUUUGUCUUCAUGCAUUGAUGUUAUCCAUGUUGCUGCAUUAAUUGAUUUAUUUUUAAAUUCAAAAUGUCUUAUUAUUACUAUUUCUUUUCAAAGUUGAAAUUAUUUAUUUUUAAAACUUUUUUUUUAUUUGGAAUGUUUUUAGAGUGCUUCAUAUGUACUGAAACUAAUACAUCUACAUCAUAGAGGGAGAAAAAUUCCUUGGCUUUGUGAUGCUUUAAAAAAAAAGUGGAAUUCAAAAUUCUGUUAUUAUUUAUUAUUCAGUUUGUUCGAAAUUUAAAACUCAUAUGAGUUAUUUUCUAACAAACUUCUAAAUAGCCUACUUUAGUCUAUCCUAAAAUUAUCUGUAGACUUAAAGGCUUUAUUGAUUGGAAUCUAUGGGAGAAUUUCCAUAUUGAGUGUUGAACUGAGAUGUGAGACAGUUAUAUUUUUAGUUACUUUGAAAGUAUUUAUAGUUUUAACAAUGUUGAAUGUUAAGAUUUACAAUUAAAAGAUUUCAGAUGUGUACAUAUUUUUAUUUACAAUAAAAGAUUGUUGACAUUU